AUGAAUAAUAAUCGAAUCAAAAUUCAUACUGAUAAAAUUCGCAUAAAACCGACUGAAGUAAUUGUGUUAUUCAAUGAAGAUGAGUUAAUAAUCCCGAUUGAUUUGGAAUGUACAAAUAUGAUAACUGAUAGUAAUAAUCAUAAUCAUAAUACCUACAUAGAAUCUUGUAUAAAUCGAUGGAAUGAUUAUUGUGAAAUUGCACAAGGACGGUUAGCUGAAUUAAGGGAACACUGUUGUGCAACAAAAAUGGUCACAACGGAUAAAAAAAUCUCUGAUUGUCCAGAUGCUUAUACUACUCCAGGAUGGAGUGAUGUUCUAAAUUGGCUAAAUGAAAUCGCGACACAACGUACUGUUGAUUAUUGUAGUGGUGAUAUUUCUAAAUGUCGAUUACCGUCCGAAUGGAAUGAAGUAAAUCUGUUUCGACAAAUCGAAAGUGGAUUAUAG